GAAAAUUUACGUGGACUACACUAUCCCGGUAGUAAAUUCAUUUCUGAAGCUUGUGCCUGUUUGUACAUUGCCGAAAAAAAAAUCCUCUGCAUGUGUUAAUAAAGUAGCCAUAUGAAGAAUUCGCUCAAAUUGAUUUUAAACAGCCUAUUAUAAACGUACAUGCAUUGCAGAAGAUAAAGUAGCUCGCUUGUGAACAAGACGGAAUUGUAUUGAUGUGGAAUUGGGCCAGGUGUUAGAAUACAAAAGGAUUCCAGUCCAGCACAAGGUGUCGGGAUGAGCUUCUUCAGUUUCGGACAAACUGCUGAAAUUGACAUAGUUCUAAAUGAUGCCGAGACGAGAAAAAAGGUCGAGCACAAAACAGAGGACGGGAAAAAGGACAAAUACUUCCUGUUUUACGAUGGGGAGACAGUCUCUGGGAAAGUCAACGUAACCCUAAAGAACCCAGGCAAGAGACUCGAGCAUCAAGGGAUCAAAAUAGAAUUUAUCGGGCAAAUCGAAUUGUACUUCGACAGAGGAAACCAUCAUGAGUUUGUCUCUCUGGUUAAGGAUUUAGCUCGGCCUGGAGAAAUGGCUCAAUCUCAGACCUUUGAUUUUGAGUUCACACACGUGGAGAAACCGUACGAGUCCUACACAGGCCAGAAUGUAAAACUACGCUAUUUCCUGCGGGCGAUCAUCAGCAGGAGACUUAAUGACGUCUGCAAAGAGUUGGACAUUGUAGUGCACACACUCAGCACAUAUCCAGAACUCAACUCCUCCAUAAAGAUGGAGGUGGGAAUUGAGGACUGUCUACACAUUGAGUUUGAGUACAACAAGUCCAAGUAUCACCUGAAAGAUGUGAUUGUAGGGAAGAUCUAUUUCCUGUUGGUGCGAAUUAAGAUCAAACACAUGGAGAUUGAUAUUAUUAAACGGGAGACAACAGGGACAGGGCCAAAUGUGUACCAUGAAAAUGACACCAUUGCAAAAUACGAGAUAAUGGAUGGAGCACCUGUACGAGGUGAAUCCAUCCCUAUCCGUCUUUUUCUGGCUGGGUACGAGAUGACGCCCACCAUGAGGGACAUUAAUAAGAAAUUCUCUGUUCGUUAUUACCUGAAUCUUGUACUCAUUGAUGAAGAAGAGAGACGUUACUUCAAACAACAGGAGAUUACGCUAUGGAGAAAGGGAGACAUUGUGAGGAAGAGCAUGUCCCAUCAAGCUGCCAUCGCCUCCCAGCGCUUCGAGGGCUCGGCGAGCUCAGAGAAAGCACUCUCUCAAGCUAAAGAGGAGGACGACUAAACCCAACCAUGUCUUCUCAUCAUCUCGUGUGUGUGUUAGAGAGAGUGUGUCUGUGUGUGUGUGGAUUUAUAGAAGCUGCGUGCUCCCAAAAUAGAUGGCAAUGUAAACAUGAUAUUUAACAUUCUUAAACAUACCAGUUUAUGAUCAACAAGUUCUUAUUAAGUUGCUUUUAAAAAGGGAUGGAUAUGAAAAGUAAAAACACUGAUUCCAAAAACCACAAUUCGAUAUUUACAAAUUCUUCUUGGCGGUUCCUCUGAGAUUGUUUACUUUUUGCCCGCCACCCUGAAUUUAAUUGACUCUGUAUAUUUAUUUCAAACAUUUCAGCAGUCCAUCUAAACAAAACCAACACAUUCCACUCUCCAUCUUCCAUUUACAGCCUUUUUCAAAUUAAUUCUGUAUUGAAUGUUUUGUUAUUGUAGAUUUUUUUCUUUCAUAACAUAUACAUUGCAUACAGUAUUCCGUUUCUGUUUUUAAUGAAAUGGUGUUUAACUAAUUCAUAUUUUUAGUGCAUUUUUUAAUACUUACCGAUACAUGCCUUUUUACUUUUGUUGCCAUUCCGGAAGAUAAAUGAUAAGCACUUCAGGGUUUUUGCCAAUGUGAUUUCAGUGUCUCCAUAUCAGCCCAAAAUUACGUAAACAUUUCUGCUUAGAGUCAACAAACAAACCAAAUUAAUUUCUAUACAGGUAUGUAGCUAAACUGAAAUGCACCUGAAUUUUAUUUUUAUUUUACCUGUCAGAUUGUGCUGAUAUAAUGAUAUAACAUUAUAUGAACAAGCUCCUUGCCAUGUUUUUAAAAGUGUCUAAAAAAAUAGAAUUUUAAUUCAGUGUUAUUGCUGUUGAUGUUUUGGUAUGGGAAACCAAAAUGUUUGACGUUGUUGGGUAACACUUUACUAUAAGGUUCAAAAUGCUAACAUUAGUUAAUGCCUUAGGUUUCAAGAACUAAAAAUUAAUCUUAGUUAAUGUUUAUUUAUAAAUUAAUUAUGAUUCAACUGCUUAUUUGUUAGUUCGUGUUGGCUAAUAAACUAAUGUUAACGAAUGUUUAAAGCAAAAAUGUACUAUUUUUAUGUAAAAGUUAACAUUAAUCAAGAUUAAUACAUUUUAAAGGAUUAACUAUUGAACAAUCUUAUUUUAAAGCGUUACUAAGUUAUCAUUGGUUGUUUUAAUGUUUAAUGUUCUUUAAUUCAUGUCAUUUCUAGAAUUCAGGUGGCAUUAAUAUCUUAUUUUAGUUCUCAUUUUUUACCAACACUGGAGAUCAACUUUCAUAGUACGUCACAUUUCUAACCAGUCACUAACCAAUAUGUACUUAGAAAUCUUUGACCGUAACAGUACAGCUUAGCAAAUACUGAUAAAGUGUGUGAUCAGGAUGAAAAGUAUUAACACUUAGUGUAGUGUAAGGGAUGCAUAUCCAUUUUGAGAUUGCAGGCUCAUUACGGCUGCCUUGUUAGUGGCUCUCAUUGUCGUGAUUAUUUCUUGUCAUGUUAGGACCGUGGGGGUGUUUAUCUGUCCGAAAAACCAGGAUGAAUUAUAUAACAAUGAGCUGCCUUCUGUGAGACUGCAAUUUCACAAUAUUGGUCUUCUGUUAGUACUUCCAUUCACUUAAGUAGUAAAUGAUCCUUGUGUCCGGCAAUGAACACUAACUAAGAUCUAGAUCUGUGAUGUGUUUGAAGAAAGAUCGUGACAUACUGAUCACACACUAGGCUCCAGAUAUUGUUUGAUAAAAUUGCCUUUUUUUCCUCUUUUUUUUUGCAUAGCAUGUAAAGAACCCUUGCUUUUGGUGUCAAACUAGUAAAAGAUGGCAAGGCCUGUCACAGAGGGCUAAAGCUCACAUUUCUAUGUGUAAGUGAUCCCUCCGCUCUGUUUCACAGAUCUAAAGCAUCUCUUUGCAGAAUACUCAUGGCUCUAUGUGCCACACUGUGUUUACUGACUUCACGUAUAUGGUUUUACAAAUUAGCACUGUGUAUCCUUUCAAAACAAAGAAUUAGUUGUUUCCCAACUUUCUUUACAUUUAUCAUUGUGCAAAAAAAGUGCUGCUUAAAAUGGCAUUAGAUAACCAUAUUUCUAUAUUAAUAUUAUGUAUGUACAGUAUAUAUUUGCAGAACUGUAAGUAUAUGAUUUUGAAAUAAUUUAGAAAUCCCUCUAAGGUACUAGCAGAGUUUGCAAAAUGGAUUCUAGGAGAUUCUAGAACUGUGCUAAUGUAAAAUAUGAGUACAGAACAGACAGCCUAACUGCUCUUUCAGUACUUGUGCUGUAUAUGACAUUUUGUUUUUACUUUGAUUCCUCGGAUUAAAAAGAAGAAGAAAAAAACGCUCAUCUUUUCCCUCAAAUAAACUUUCAGUGUUGCGUGUCGUCAUUUCACCAGCAAUGGA